AAGCACUCACUUGUCCGUUUUGACGAACGCGGAGGUACUUAAAUAGCGUCAAGGUUUCUUGUAUGGGAGGAAUUGGUCAACUUGUCACAGAGCGCAUGUUACCCAUAGUUUUUUCCAGCUCCGCAAAUCGAUAAGCAUGCAGGUGUCUCUCGCGCUCCUUGUCUCCAGCACGGCGCUGCUGCUGCUACAGGGAUGUUGUACCUUCGUGCAAGGAUGGAGGGUGCUAAAAAACGAUGCUACAGAGAUCGUACCAGAAUAUACUGAAGACAUACAGCCUCCCGGGGAACCAAUACUGCAAGCUUCUAAUAAUAACAAUAAUACAAUGAAUCGACCAAAACACGGGGGAAGGAGAUCAUCAGCAAACACAGCCUCCUAUAGUGCCUCGGAGCUGAGCUGCAGGGAGCUGCGCUCCACCCGUUACAUCACUGACGGCUCCUGCCGCAGUGCCAAGCCCGUCAAGGAGCUGGUGUGCUCGGGUCAGUGCAUGCCCACCCACCUCCUACCCAACUCCAUCGUGCGCGGGAAAUGGUGGCGGAGCAGCGCUUCCGACUACCGCUGCAUCCCGGCCCACUCCCGAAACCAGCGGGUGCAGCUGCAGUGCCCCAACGGCAACAGCCGGACUUACAAAAUCCGCGUGGUCACCUCCUGCAAGUGCAAGCGCUACAGCCGCCACCACAACCAGUCAGAUGCCAAGGAGGCCUCCUCUUCGCCCGAGCCCCGGCGCAACAAGAAACGCACUCGGCUGCCCGGGGGUCAGAGCAAGAGCAACACCCCGGCGCUGGUCAGCAACUCCUACUGAGGAUUCCUUCCCUUCUUCCGUACAAAUGCAGAGACCAAAGUAGCACGCUCACUCAUACACACGCACAUGUCACACACAACCCGACACGGCUCCUUCAUUGGAAGAGGGAGAGGAAGAGACAUUUUUCAACAAAAAAGGGAUUUGUUAAGCUGUUUGUUGGACUAGCUUGACAUGCGUUUUUCUCACCAGACAGGCACUGUAGAUUUUGCAGCCUAUUUUCAAACAUAUUUCAGAACUUUUGAUUUGCAUGACCAAAUGAGUCAACAGACUAUGCCAGGGAAGGCCAUGUGACUGGCCAGUUCAUAGAUAACGGCCUCUGACUCAGGCACAAGCAGAAUCUACCUUAGCCACAGCAAGAGGUGCACCUCAACUCAAAACCCACCUGUGAAAACACCCAGCGGGCAGGCUACACUGCUUGAUAGGCCUAUAGGGUUGAAAGGUGUCUCUAUGCUGUAACUGGUUCUAAUCCAUCUGUUCCAUGGCUGUGUGUACUGUACCGUAGCAGCACGUGGUAGCCCUGGGGCUUCAGGCUCUGGAAGUGGGCUGCUGACAGGCCUGAGAGGCCCUGGCCUCGACCGCAGACCACGCAGUCGCAUGACAGCCCGGGCAGCAACUCACUCACCAGGAGCCUCCCAGGGCCCUCCUCGCUCCGUAGCAGCCUUACAGGAGCUGUCAGUUAGGGCCCCUGGCCCAGUGGCCCUAGAGCCCUUGUGAGAGAGGCAGAGGGAGAGUGAGAGAGGGGAAAUGGUUGUGUCAGCAGUCCAAGACCAGGGUCCCUUCGGUCAAACAGGCAACUGGGCAUUCCUGUGACUCGUCUUAAUGACUAAAUGAGCCCAUUCCUGUGUUUAGAAUUUCCGCUAGACAUGGCUGGUUCCUGUUUGCAGGAAUCACACACACACACACACACACAAAAGGUCCACGUGUGGAGGCGGCUCCAGUAAUUGUGCCUGUUGUUACCUUCUGGCACAACAUUCUCCACUAAACCCACACUGACCGGAACUAUUUUGUCAGCAGCAAAUAACAUUGGCGACCAACUAGUCAUAUCCCUAUUCUAUUCAUUGUGAACCUAGAGUGUGAGGGAGAAAACAAUAUUGUCUUCUCUGACUCUCAGCCCCAUUCUCUGAAUAGCACUGACAGGAAAGAUAGGAAUAAGAUAAAAAACGGAUUCUCAAUCUGAAUUGUUUGAUAUUGGCUGUUGAUAUCCUGCAGGAUGCAGACGGACAGAAAUAGACAGAAAGACAGACAGACAGGAAAAAGUUGUGGAUGCCCAGUCUGCCCAUGCUGACCACCCAUUCCCCCUUUUUCAACCAUUACAGUACUACGGCCUGGCCUGUAUUUCAUGAAGAAUACUCACAACGUUUCCACUUAUUGUCCACUUUCCAUUGUUCCAUUCUCUCAUAUUGCUUCCUGAUUUCCAGUUUUCUAAACUGUACUGACAACGUUUCCGUCUUGUUCAAUUGUGUGUUUGAAAUAGCAACUGGAAAGGAUUUUGUCAUAUAAGUAGAGUUGUCAUGUAUAGCUUGAUUGUACAUAUUGUUCCUGUCUGGUCUUUUGGCUAAAAGCAGUCGGGGGGGGG